AUGUUCGUCGCAGAACUCGUGCAAGGCCUCGUUCACGAGGCGACUCACCGACCCACCGAGUUCCUCGCCAAAGCCCUCGGCGUCGCUGUGUUGGUGUAUUUUAUCGCAAAUGAAGUCGUCAGAUCCAAAGCCCGUCUACCCGCUUGGCACGGCCCAAAGGGACUCCCAGUUGUGGGGAACCUGCACCAGCUCGGCGGCAACGCCUCGCAAAAGUACAAGGACUGGGCCAAGGAGUUUGGUGCCGUUUACCAGGUCCAGCUGGGCAACCUUCCAGUCUUGGUUGUCAAUACCGCUGCUGCGGCCAAGGUCAUCUUCGGGAACAACUCGCAAGCUACCGCUUCACGACCUGAACUAUACACUUUCCACAAGAUCGUGGCCAACACUGCUGGCACUACCAUUGGCACAUCUCCCUACAAUGAGUCGCUCAAGAGGAGAAGAAAGGGCGCAGCGUCCGCCCUUAACCGCCCGUCUAUUGAAACGUACAUUCCCCAUCUAGAUCUCGAGACGAGAGACUUCCUGAAAGACGUUCUCCACUACGGCAAAGCAGGCAAAGUCACCAUCGACCCCUUACCCCUCGUCCAGAGACUCAGCUUGUCGCUGGCCGUCACACUCAACUGGGGAGCGCGGUUCCCCAGCCACGACGACGGCCUCUUCAAGGAAAUCACCACGGUGGAGGGCGAGAUCAGCCGCACGCGGAGCGUCACGGACAACAUGCAGGACUACAUCCCCCUCUUACGCUAUAACCCCUUCUCAGCGGGGAAGCGCCACGCCGUGGAGAUGAGAAUCCGCCGUGAUAAAUACCUGUCCAAGCUCAACGGCGACCUCGAGGCGAAGAUUCGCAACGGGACACACGAGCCGUGCAUCCAGGCCAACGUCAUGCUCGACGAGGAAGCCAAGCUCAACAAUGUCGAGCUGACCUCCAUCAGCCUCACCAUGCUCUCGGCCGGAUUCGAGACCUUCACCGCCGUCUCGACGUGGGGCAUCGGGUUCCUGGCGACGCACCCCGCGAUUCAGCAAAAGGCGUUUGAUGCCAUUCGGAAGUCGUAUGACGAGGGGAACCCGUUGUGUGAUGCACAUGAUGACCAGACGAUUCCCUUCCUUCGCGCCCUGGUACGCGAGUGCUUGAGAUUCUUCACUGUACUCCGACUUUCAUUGCCUCGUGCUACGAACAAGGAAUUCGUGUACGAGGGGAAGCUUGUACCAAAGGGUACGGUCGUCUUCCUGAACUCUUGGGCUUGCAACAUGGAUGGCGAGCUCUGGCACGACCCCGAAGUCUUCCGCCCCGAGCGCUGGCUGGAGAACCCCGAGGCACCAAUGUUCACCUACGGCGUCGGUUACCGCAUGUGUGCCGGAACGAUGCUGGCUAACCGCGAACUGUACAUUACUUUCCUCCGCAUGUUGGCCAGCUUUGAGCUGUCUUCGACGGACAAGAUCGACAGUAAUCCCAUCACUGGGGCUGCUGAUUUGACUAACCUUAUUAUUACGCCAAGCCACUACAAGGUCACCUUUACUCCUCGCAACGAAGCGGCUCUUAGAAGCGCUUUGGAGACGGCGGUCGAACAUUGA